CUUCCGUCGAACGCACAUCUCACCAGCAAGCAGUAGAGCUAUUCACAAAACACAUCAUGAAACUGGUUCUUUUCGUCGCCACCAUGGCGAUUCUCGGCGCUUCCCUGUCCCAAGCCAAGCUGGUAAAGGUGGAAGUACCGGUGGCAGUGCCCGUACCCGUGCCCGAGAUUCAGCACAUCGAGAAGCGUGUGUCCACCAUCAAGGAGGUGAAGGUGCCGUACAUUCAGGAGGUGCCGGAAGAGCACGUAGUCACCCACGUGAAGGAAGUGCCCGUCGUGAAGGAAGUGCCGGUCGUGAACGAAAUUACGGUGUACCGCGAUGUGGAGGUCGUGCGGGAGGUGCCGGUCGAAAAGAUCGUACAUCGGCGCGUGGAGGUGCCGGUGGAGGUGGUGCGCGAGGUUGAGCUGGUGCGUGAAGUGCCCAUCAUCAAGGAGAUUCCGCAUGUGAAGGUCGUGAAGGUGAUCAAGGAAGUCCCCGUCGAGGAGGUGAUCGUGAAGGACCUGCCCGUGGCUGAGCCGUACCCGGUCAAGGUGCCAAUCCACGUGCCCGUGCCGGUUCAGGCGCACCAGCUGCACCUGACGAAGCUGAACAAGUUCCCGCAUUUGCACGGCAUCAAGAACUUCCUUGGAUAAGUCGGCGAGCGAGCCAUAGCCACCAAGGGCGGAAUGUCCUUUCCUUUCCUAAAUAUCCUCCCAUUCCCCCUCCCACAUGUACACUGUUCAUGUCAAAUAAAAAGAAAACCUAACUUAUUCACUCCAAACAAACC